GACGGCCUCCUCACCAAGGAUGAGCUGAGCUCCUGGAUACAGCAGUCUUUUAAACAUUAUGUUACGCAAGAAGCUAAGCAACACUUCAAUGACUAUGACAAAGAUGGUGAUGGAUUAUUGUCUUGGAAGGAGUAUAAUAUGCAAAUGUAUGAUCGUGUAAUUGAUUUUGAUGAGAACACUGUCCUGGAGGAUCAAGAAGAAGAAUCAUUUCGACAGCUUCAUUUAAAGGAGAAAAAGCGUUUUGAAAAAGCUAAUAGAGAUGAUGUUCCUGAUCUAAAUGAGGAUGAAUUUGUUGCUUUUGAACAUCCUGAAGAAGUGGAGUAUAUGACGGACUUUGUCAUUCAGGAGGCUUUAGAAGAACAUGAUAAAGAUGGUGAUGGAUUUGUUAGCCUGGAAGAAUUCCUUGGUGAUUACAGAAGAGACCCAACUGCAAGGGAAGAUCCAGAAUGGAUACUUGUUGAGAAGGAUCGGUUUGUGAAUGACUAUGACAAGGAUAAUGAUGGAAAACUCAACCCUCGAGAGCUGUUGUCUUGGAUAGUACCUAAUAAUCAGGGUAUUGCACAAGAGGAGGCUCUUCACCUUAUUGAAGAAAUGGAUUUGAAUGAUGAUAAAAAGCUUUCUGAAGCAGAAAUUCUUAAGAACCAAGAUUUGUUCCUUAACAGUGAAGCAACAGAUUAUGGUAGGCAGCUUCAUGAUGAACGUUUCUACCAUGAAGAACUUUAGAUUAUUGAUUUUGUAAUCUGUUUUUCUUCCCUUUCUUUCAUUUGGAGCUUUUGUUAAAAACACCCAUCAGCUAUGUUGCAAAUUUUAUGCUGUAAUUAAAGUACACUAAUGUUUGUGUAAAUAAUUUGCAUUCAAAAUUUAAGUGCCCUCCCGCAGACUUCCUUGGGCCUCUUCUAGCCUUCAAAAUUAAUCUUAAAUACUUACUUCCAAAAUUAUAGUGUUUGGAAAUAAAUGACUUCAGGUGUAGUAUUGUAUUGUAAAGAGUUGUUCUACUGUAUUUUAAGAAAAUGGAGAAUCUAAAUGAUUCUGAAAGAAUGCAAAACAGUAACUGACAGACUACUAUUUUUUCUAAUCAGUUUAAUUAGGGAGGGGAGUGGGGAAGAUGGGGGGAUGUUUAGAGUCAGUAUUAACUGUGUUUUAUUUAAUAUGUUUGGAGAAACACUUAGAUUAAUACCUCAAUUGUUUAAGAGGUUUCUACUUAAUUUUAAACGGUUUCUAUACUAUGUUUUAUUGUAUCAUAAAACUUGCUAUUUAUACAUAUAUAGACAAUAAUUCUUUUUAAUGUACAAUUCUACAGUAUUAGCAAUACAAUGGUAUUUUACAGUGCUAAGACUCUCUUCAUUUGUUGGAUUAAAACUUUAAAUAUUCU